GGAAGAGAGAGCCUGGGCGGUGGCAGCGGCGGCGGCUAUAGUAGCUUCCCCAGCGGUAGCAGCGGCGGCGGCUACCCCAGCUGAAGAGGGAGAGAGGCAGGCAGGCGGCUUUGGUUCUCUCCGGGGUUCACAAUGGACAGCCAGGGCAGGAAGGUGGUGGUGUGUGACAACGGCACCGGGUUUGUCAAAUGUGGAUAUGCAGGCUCUAAUUUUCCAGAACACAUCUUUCCAGCUUUGGUUGGAAGACCUAUUAUCAGAUCAACCACCAAAGUGGGAAACAUUGAAAUCAAGGAUCUUAUGGUUGGUGAUGAGGCAAGUGAAUUGCGAUCAAUGUUAGAAGUUAAUUAUCCUAUGGAAAAUGGCAUAGUUCGAAACUGGGAUGAUAUGAAGCAUCUGUGGGAUUAUACAUUUGGACCAGAAAAACUUAACAUAGAUACCAGGAACUGUAAAAUCUUGCUUACAGAGCCUCCUAUGAACCCAACAAAAAACAGGGAGAAGAUUGUGGAGGUCAUGUUUGAGACUUACCAGUUUUCUGGUGUGUAUGUAGCAAUCCAGGCUGUUCUUACUUUGUAUGCUCAAGGUUUAUUGACGGGUGUUGUUGUGGACUCUGGUGAUGGUGUAACUCAUAUAUGUCCAGUAUAUGAAGGCUUUUCUCUUCCUCACCUUACCAGAAGACUGGAUAUUGCUGGGAGGGAUAUUACCAGGUACCUUAUCAAGCUGCUUCUGCUUCGAGGAUAUGCCUUCAACCAUUCUGCUGAUUUUGAAACUGUUCGCAUGAUUAAAGAAAAACUGUGCUAUGUGGGGUACAAUAUCGAACAGGAGCAGAAACUGGCCCUAGAAACCACAGUAUUAGUUGAAUCUUACACGCUCCCAGAUGGCCGGAUUAUCAAAGUUGGCGGAGAGAGGUUUGAAGCACCUGAAGCUUUAUUUCAACCUCAUUUGAUCAAUGUGGAAGGAGUGGGUGUUGCUGAAUUGCUUUUUAACACAAUCCAGGCUGCUGAUAUUGACACCAGAUCUGAAUUUUAUAAGCACAUUGUGCUUUCUGGAGGAUCUACCAUGUACCCUGGGCUGCCAUCUCGCUUGGAACGUGAACUUAAACAACUUUACCUAGAACGAGUUUUAAAGGGAGAUGUGGAAAAACUUUCGAAAUUUAAGAUCCGCAUUGAGGACCCACCUCGCCGAAAGCACAUGGUGUUUCUGGGUGGUGCAGUUCUGGCAGACAUCAUGAAGGACAAAGACAACUUUUGGAUGACCAGACAAGAAUACCAGGAAAAGGGUGUUCGUGUGCUGGAGAAACUUGGUGUGACUGUUCGAUAAACUCAAAGCUUGUUCUCAUCACAUCUUUAAAGCUUUCUUUUUUUUCCCUUUAUUGCCAAUCUUUGAACUCAUUCAGCUACAUGACAUGGAAAAGGCCUCUCUGUGCCCUUUGACUCGAAAGGUCAGGUUUUGUUCUGAUUUCUCUGGGAAGCUUUGUUAAAUGUUGGUUAAUGUGGCUAAAUUUGACUAUUUAAUUUGACCACUUCCCUACAAACAAAACGUGAGAGCUAAGGGGCCUGUCUGUUGCAUUGUUCCUUCUCUGUAGGUAUUUGGAUAAUUUCUGUAGGCUUUUUAUUUUCAGUUUACUGCUAUAAUGCUGCUAGCUUUUGUCUUCAGCACACCAGGUGGUUUGCCUUUCUUAGCAUAAGAAAAACUUUUACAGCAGCUUUUAUAUCCCAUUACUUUUGUGGGGGAGUUACCUUUGCACCCUUUGUAGCCUUUCUUCCAUAGUGUGUAGCUUAAAGCUGUCACUGCUACUACUAUAAAUACCUUAAAGCCUUCCAUGUUAAUGUCUUGGGGAAAUAUCUGCCUGUGAACUAGAAUGUUAAAGUUCUUCCCUCCCCCUUCCUCCCAGGGUUAGUGGGGAUGUGGGGGUGGGAAUGAGUCGAGAGGUAUUGUGUUUUGGUUUUUGAGCUGUAUAUCUUUUCUGUGAUUAUAUAGGGUGAACUUUAUUUACAUUACUUUAUUUUGUAGGCUUUCUAUUUUAAUUUUGGUAUACAUUUCCAUAUGAUACAAAAAGCAAGGGUGGAAUAAUAUCUAAUCCAUUUCCAUAUGGUUUAACCCUAGCUUAAAAAAUUUAAAAACAACUCCAAACCAUCACCAUCCUGGGACUGGUUCCCUAGAAUUUCUCAACUGAAAGAUGAUUUUAGUAAUUCUAAAUACGGAGAAAAACAUUACUUUAAAAACUGAAUUGUAAAAUUGGUUAUUUUUUAAAGUGCUUUUCUUUAUUUCUGAAGCACUCAUUAAACUUUUGCGAUGGCAGUAACCUGGUGCCAAGUACUGUUCUUAAAAAGUGGAGAUUUCCUGUAACUGACCAGUGCUGAUAUAAAUAAAACAGGCAGAUACGGUCACUGGCGGUAAUGAAGAAGAGAUACCUCUUCUUGUUGGAUUAAAAAAUAGCAUUGGGUUAUGGGACUUGUUGCCAGUUGAUAAAUGCUCAUUCACAAGUCAUUUUUGCUGGUCUUGAUUUGAUACUGGGAAGGGGGCAGGAUGAAAUUCAGUUGUUUGAAAUGUUUACAAAAAGAAAAUCAAGAUUAAAAAUCUCUAACUAUUGAAAAAAAUACUUGUAGCUGCUAACUAUCAUCCAUUUUUUAUGCUUGAAAAAAGAGUUGCUGUUUUAUGUAAAUGCAUAGCAGGCUGCUGCCUGUGCUACAUCAUUUGUAUAAAACUACACAGUGGUUCUUAGUAUUUAUUGGAAAUAUCGAGUAAUAUCAUGCAGACGAAGUUCUUUCCAAAUCUGUUGAAUAAAGUAACAGGAAAUUUUAUCACUGAGUAAAAAAAAAUGAGGAUUUUGAAGACCCAGAGCCUUAUUCCGGAAGUAAAAUUCCACUAAUAGUGAUGUUUAAAGAGAGGGGAUAAGGGGGACUGGACCUAUGAUUCCAUUGUAUGGGGAACUCUCUUAGGUGAGGAUCCUGCCUCUAUCUAUGACAACUUGGGGAGAGUUGCCUAGAGCACUGAGAGGUUUAGUGACUUCUCCAGAAUCACACAGA